UUUAUUAUACAUUUUUACACAUAACUGUACAGAGUUUAUUUGACAUAUUAAAUAUGAUUAUGGCUGCGUUGGGUGUUUAGCGCAAAUGUUGAGGGAAAUUUAAAUGAAAGGAAUUUGCUUUGGCGUUGAAAGCGUGCGACUUGAUGUAAUUGGAGCGGGUCUGUUGCUCGGAUCUUGUGUGCAUUUUGAUUCAUUUUUGUUAGCGUAUAGGGCUCUGGAUCGUCGUCGCUUUGUGUCCGUUCCUAGCUCGGAGAGGCGUUGAGUGAGCGAGGUCUCGUGCCAAUUUUAACACGAUGCCCGCACGAGUUACAGAAUAAAAACGUAUGCUUGUGUCUAUAUUUAGCCAUUGCUCUCGUAAUUCUAUUGACAGUGAAUAAACCAAGAAGUUACUGGUUGUCUGUAGGUUUUUUCUUUGCGUAAGAAGGCGGCGUUCCCGAUGGUGUGAUUGAUGAAAAGGAGUUAGGCGCCGGCAGCCUGAUUGCCUCCCGUUGAUGUGCACCCAGAGGGGGAGAUUGGAAUCGGAGAUCUUUAUAAGCAUUUAAUAUAAAUUACUUGAAACGUGUCUGAUUGAAAAUAGAGAGUGCGCAGCUGAUCCUACAUAAAUUGUGUAUGUAGUGUGAGUUUGUAAUGUCCUAAAAACAAGGAAAAAAAAAAGAUAAAAUCUAUUUAUAUUAAAAAAAAAAUCAAAUUACACGAGGUCGACUAUGAAAUAGUGAGAAGCGGGCGAAUUUAUUUUCUAUAUUUUAUGAAUAUUAAACCUUUUUUUCUUAAUAAGAAAAAGAGAAAAAAUAUAAUUGAACAAAAAAAAAAAGAGAAAAAUAAGAAACCAUAGAGAGCGAGCGAGCGACUGAACGAAACAACGUGAGAGAAAGGUGGUCUGCAAGUGUCUCGUUAAAUGUGUCUCUUGUUUUGAACGAAAGAAAGAGCGAACGAGCGCGAGAGUGGUGUCUGACACAAAUUAUUUAAGUGGACAAGCUUGAACAUCAUCCAUUUUUACUAUUUGUAUGGCGUUUUCAAAAAUCGGAGUGUGGCUGAAAUAAAUAGUCAAUAUUAUACUAAGCACAAACAUAGACCCCGUUACUGUGUCACCAUCAAACAUACAAAGUUCCAUCCUCACAAGAAGUGAAUCCAGAUACCCUUAUUGAAUCAGCAAUCAUAACAUUGGUUACAAUGUCAAUGGAAUUCCUACAAGUUGCUGAGGAUGAGGGCGAAGAGCCAAUCGAGCUGCCGGUUGAGGAAGAUGGUACCUUAUUAUCAUCCACACUUCAGGCUCAGUUUCCUGGUGCUUGUGGUCUUAAAUAUCGUAAUCCUGAAUCCCGCGCGAUACGUGGUGUACGCUCGAAUGAGGGCCGGUUCUAUCCUCCAUCCACUGAAUCUGGAUGGGGUACACAAGUCUAUUUCUGCGUAUUCCCGAAAGAAAACAAACGCAAAAGCGACGACAAUUUGGAGAACUCAACGGCAAAAACUAAGCGCAUUGAGACACGUUUACGUUGCACCGAUCUAAUUGUCCUCGGAUUACCAUGGCGAACAUCAGAACAAAGCUUACGUGAACAUUUCGAAGAAUUCGGUGAAGUUUUAAUGGCACAAGUGAAAAAAGAUAUUAAAUCGGGACAGUCAAAAGGCUUUGGAUUUAUACGUUUUGCAUCAUAUGAAUCGCAGAUGCGAGUUUUGGCAUCAAGACAUCUCAUCGAUGGCAGACUUUGUGAGGUCAAAGUGCCAAACUCGAAAGUAAGGGAAGGUAUGGUUCAUCAAGUGCCUUGUAAAGUUUUCGUUGGACGCUGUACGGAAGAUCUAACGGCCGAUGAUUUACGUGAAUAUUUCUCGAAAUUUGGAGAAGUAACGGAUGUAUUUAUACCGAAACCAUUCCGCGCAUUCAGCUUCGUUACAUUUUUAGAUCCUGAAGUGGCGCAAUCCUUAUGCGGUGAAGAUCAUAUAAUAAAAGGAGUAUCUGUUCAUGUGUCCAACGCAGCCCCGAAAUCCGAGCAAAAUCGAAAUCCUAACUAUAAUAAUGCUAGUGGCGGUGGCGCUGGACCAUUGGUCCAACAUCAACGUGGUGGGCCAAAUCAAAUGAAUCGACAAGAUAACAUGGCAUAUCCACAGCAGCGUGGUCCUUAUAUGCCUAAUCAACCGAUGCAGCAUAAUAACGGUUGGAACAAUCAGAAUCGUGGUAAUUUGGAUAUGCCGAAUUUACAAGCGCUCGGUAUUAAUCCUCAAGGUCAAAAUCCAUCCAAUCAGGGACAAAAUAUGAAUAAUCCAUUAGGGGCUGGUCUUAAUUUGAAUACGCUACCAAUGAAUCCUGCCAUUUUUGCUGCUGCUUUAAAUCAAUGGAGUUUGAUUGGAAAUCUACAAAAUCAAAAUCAGGAUCAGGGCUUUGGCGCAACCGGAGGUCCUAACUCGCAACCAGGUAGUUCGCAACAAGGUGGUGGUGGAUUUCUGUCUUGGAUGACUCAAGCCGGAGGCGGUGAAGCCCAACAGGGCGGUAACAAUCAGCCGUGGUCUCGACAACCAGCCGGAACAACAGCCCCACAGGGAUCUGAAAACAAACCAAACUUUCUCUAAAGAAAACAUUUGAAACAACGGAAUUUACGUGUUUUUUUUUUAAAUUUUUUUUUCUGGAUUUUUUUUUUUUUUAAGUUGAAAAGGAAAAACAAGAAAACAUAAGCUUUGCUCUAGAAGUUUUUAUAAAUAUAUAUUAAUAAUUAUCGAUAAAGAAUACAUUUAGUGGAAUUCCUACUAGAAUCAUGUUGACAAAUUUCGUUUAAACUAAAAAAAAAUGUUUUUAUUUUUAAUUUUUGAGUUUGAAAGUAGUUUUAGUAUUUAAGAGAGUGAAAAGGUGAUUCGUAGACAUGCAUGAUAAAGCAGAUGCGCAUAUGUGAAAUGCUUCAGUUACCUUGCGACCGUAAUUGAACAAAAUGGAAAUUUUGCAGUGUUUUUAUAUAAAUAUAUAUAAAAUGAAAGUAUGCACUUCGUUUAGUCAUUUAAUAUCAUGAAAGGUAUGAUUUUUUUUUGUCAUAGUAUACAAACUAGUAAAUGAUGAAUUGAAAAUGGCAAUUCCAUUAUGUGAACUUCUUUGAAUUUUUUUUCUAUUCAGUGAAUUUGAGCAGUUUUCUCUAACAAGCUUUUGUAAAUGACAAGAAGAGAAGAAAACAAUACAACAAAUAAUGUUAGAUUAGAAGAACCAUCAUCUGUUGGUUAUUAUUCAAGAAAUGAUUCAAUAUGUCGCCGCUUAGUUGACUUUUAACUGCGGAAAAUAGGCAUCAUCUAUAUAUAUAGAUCCUCUGAAUAUCUAGGUGCGCGUUUUGUUGAAGAGAAAAAAAAUCUGUUUGUAUCUGAAUGUUUUGAAAUUAUGUUAAAAAUAUUGAUCAUAUAUCAUGUACAUGCCCUUAUUCUCUAUUUUACAAUAGAAUGCAUUGCUGCCCUUCCAUCAUGUAUUCCUUAAAUUGGAUAUCGAACUUUCUUUCCUUUUGGAAUAACUUUCGAUUCUCUAAUUAUUUUGUUUGAAUGUUUUUUGUUUCCGUGUUACGCUCGAAUAAUGAUUGGAUAUUUGUGAGUAAUUCGUUCAUGUUGUUUAAAGAAAAAGUGAAAAAUAGAAAAAAAAAUAAAAAAAAAACAAACAAACAAAGAAAAGUAACGUUUAAAAAACUUAUUUUGCCAAGAAGAUUCUAUUUGAGUCUUCUAUGUAAUCAUGGGUAGUUGCGAAGUAAAUGCAAAAUGAAGAGACUUAUGUGUUUUUCUUCGUCAAAGUGAAGGAAAAUAAGUACUCAUUGUAAUAAGCAUCUUUAAAAUAAGUAUGAAAAUAGAAAAAUCGAUUGCGUAAUAAAAAAGAAAAAAAAAAA